AUGUGAACGAUGCCCUGUUUAAGGAUCACAAAUGCAAGUUGAGAAGAAGGAGAUCCAUAUUGCCAACGAUAAAAGGCAGACCGUGCAGGCACCAGGCGCUGAGCAAUAUGUGUCCUAAGGUCCCUUUGGCCCGUGGGGACCUGUAUGUGUGUGUGUGGCGGGGGUACGUUUGAAAGGAUCUUUCAAGUUUAACAAAGAUUUAUCAAAAGGGAGGGGGUGAAAGUGUUGGACACACGCGCUGUUUAAGAGCAAAACUUCUUCCCCUCAGAAAACUGAUCGUAGACUACUUAACAUAAAUCAGCGUAAACCCCUCCUCCCGGCCUCUACAGGGGUCCCUGGGGAGCAGGUUCCUCUGGAUAGGCAAACUGGAGCCUAAACGACAAGCAAGCUUUCCCUCCUGCCCUUUCCCCUUCUUCUCGCUGGCACCGUUGAGCCUCGUUACAGUGUGCUCAAAUAUUUGGAAGUGAAUUUAGAGUCCUCCCCCCAACUUAUGAUUUUAUAGCCAAUAGGUGAUGAGGCUUAUUUGCAUAUUUCCAGUCACUUAAACAGCUGUGCAGUGGAAACGGUGUCAGACUCGAUUCCUCCUCCUCCAAGAAAUUCUGCCCCUUGUAGCUGUUCUGCCCUCCCCUUUAAAGGUUGACUUGCCCCGCGGCGCUCCACCGCGCUCUAGUCCUCUGACGCCUCCGGCUCAACCCUUUGCAACGCGGAUCCCCGCCCGCCUGACUGCCCGCGCAGCGCAGUUCCAGCAGCAAAGCAGAAGGGCGCGCCCGGAGAUGGAGAGCAAAGCCCUGCUCCUGGUGGCCCUGGGAGUUUGGCUCCAGAGUUUGACCGCCUUCCGCGGAGGGGUGGCCGCAGCAGACGGGGGAAGAGAUUUCUCAGACAUCGAAAGUAAAUUUGCCCUAAGGACCCCUGAAGACACAGCUGAGGACACUUGUCAUCUGAUUCCUGGAUUAGCAGACUCUGUGUCUAACUGCCACUUCAACCACAGCAGCAAAACCUUUGUGGUGAUCCAUGGAUGGACGGUGACAGGAAUGUAUGAGAGUUGGGUGCCCAAACUUGUGGCUGCCCUAUACAAAAGAGAACCUGACUCCAAUGUCAUUGUAGUAGACUGGUUGUAUCGGGCCCAGCAACAUUAUCCAGUGUCUGCCGGCUAUACCAAGCUGGUGGGAAAUGAUGUGGCCAGGUUCAUCAACUGGUUGGAGGAAGAAUUUAACUACCCCCUAGACAAUGUCCACCUCUUAGGGUACAGUCUUGGAGCCCAUGCUGCUGGCGUGGCAGGAAGUCUGACCAACAAGAAGGUCAAUAGAAUUACUGGCUUGGAUCCAGCUGGGCCUAACUUUGAGUAUGCAGAAGCCCCUAGUCGCCUUUCUCCUGAUGAUGCGGAUUUCGUAGAUGUCUUACACACAUUUACCAGGGGGUCGCCUGGUCGAAGUAUUGGGAUCCAGAAACCAGUAGGGCAUGUUGAUAUUUAUCCCAAUGGAGGCACUUUCCAGCCAGGAUGCAACAUUGGAGAAGCCAUUCGUGUAAUUGCAGAGAAGGGGCUUGGAGAUGUGGACCAGCUGGUGAAGUGCUCGCACGAGCGCUCCAUCCAUCUCUUCAUUGACUCCCUGCUGAAUGAAGAAAACCCCAGCAAGGCAUACAGGUGCAAUUCCAAGGAGGCAUUUGAGAAAGGGCUCUGCCUGAGUUGCAGAAAGAAUCGCUGUAACAACGUGGGCUAUGAGAUCAACAAGGUCAGAGCCAAGAGAAGCAGUAAGAUGUACCUGAAGACUCGCUCUCAGAUGCCCUACAAAGUAUUCCAUUACCAAGUCAAGAUUCACUUUUCUGGAACUGAGAAUGACAAGCAAAACAACCAGGCCUUCGAGAUUUCUCUGUAUGGCACAGUGGCUGAAAGUGAGAACAUUCCCUUCACCCUGCCGGAGGUCGCCACAAAUAAAACCUACUCCUUCUUGAUUUACACGGAGGUGGACAUCGGGGAAUUGCUGAUGAUGAAGCUUAAGUGGAAGAACGACUCCUACUUCCGCUGGUCAGACUGGUGGAGCAGUCCCAGCUUUGUCAUCGAGAAGAUCCGAGUGAAAGCCGGAGAGACUCAGAAAAAGGUCAUCUUCUGUGCCAGGGAGAAAGUUUCUCAUCUGCAGAAAGGAAAGGACGCUGCAGUGUUUGUGAAAUGCCAUGACAAGUCUCUGAAGAAGUCGGGCUGACACUGGACAAACCAACAAGAGAAGAAAGCAUCUGAGUUCUUUGAAGACCGAAGAAAAUGAAGUAAAUUUUAUUUAAAAAAAAUACCCUUGUUUGGGUGUUUGAAAGUGGAUUUUCCUGAGUAUUAAUCCCAGCUAUAUCUUGUUAGUUAAAUAGAAGACAGUGUCAAAUAUUAAAAGGUGGCUAACACAACGUGAGGAACCUAAUGGCCGAUAGCAUGUCCUCCAGCAUCAGAAGACAGCAGAGAGGAGAAGCAUGCCAUCUUAUAUCCCUUAAGAAGGAAUCAUUUGUUCCCAACCAUACAAGACUCCUUCAUGUGACCCAUUUGGUCAUGGUCUAAAAUUAGUAAGGGCCUCUUAUUUUCAUUAGAUCUCUGAGGUUUUAAAUUGAGACCUUCUCAAAGUUCUCUUGAAGUCUAAUAUAGACAACAUUUUUUUGUGCUGUGAGUCAGAUCCAUUUCUUUAGCAGUUGAAACAGCUGGCCAUUGUAACUAGUUCUUUUACCAUCAGGAUAUAGCACCCCUACCAAAUAAAAUAAAUAAAUAAAGUGACCAGGGACAUGUGACUUUGCAAAAGCAAUGGAAGACGUGGCUCGUGGAUUCCUGACCCUUAGUCCCACCACAACGAAGUACAAGUCAGUAGAGGUACAAAACCUAGACUGAGUAAUUCUUAGUAGACUUCAAGUUUUAUGGCUUAAUUCCUCUGUCUUUUAAAAACGUGUCACAUAUUAUAACAUUAUUCUCUAGACAGAUGUUGAAAUGAGCUUGUGAUUCAGGUGACAUAUGAAUUGAGCUGAGAGAAAAUAAUGCCCUGGCUGAUUUUAUUUCUCUGUUUUGCUUUCUUGAGAAAAGGAAUACUUGUCCCACUCCGUAUCUGAGCCUGACCAAGAACUAAACUAUGUACUUCAGGCUUACCUUGAACUCUCAACCAUCCUGCCUUGGCUUCCUGAGUGCUGGGAGCUUGAUAACCAUAAUUUUAUUAUCAGAUUUUUCUUAGUCAUUUUCACCAAUAGAACACAUUCAAUGCCCAAUCGUUAGCAUUUCGUUUGAGACUCAUCUUGACCGUACCUCUGUCACACGUCUAACACAUCACAUUAAUUUCUAGUUUAGAAGUGAUCAAGUUCAAAUUCUGCACUGCGCAAAGUACAAGUUUUAGAGCAGGACCAUUUUUUUUUACCACGUAAAAGUCGAAAUUACUAGGAAAUGUGUAUAUCGAUGCUUGUACACUGUUGCGUGCAAAGUGAGGAGCCUUCUAUUGUGAUAGCCAUAGACAGUACCAGGCUCGUUGCCGCUCUUUUGUUUUACUAUAAAAAAAUCAAUAAUGAAGAAUUAUUUAUGAACAAGAUCUCAUAUGUUCAGAUUGCUUUUACUAUUCAUCAAUAUAAAAUGUUAAAAAAAAAUAAAACAAGUUCUAUCUCAGAGGCUGUUGCUGGGAACAGAAACUGUGAAAUGUGUGGGUAUCUGAACACCUACACACAAGCAAAGCCCCACAAGAGUCUUUGUCAUUCAAUGUCAUUCAGAAAGGAAAGAGUCAAGAGAUAUACCAUAAUAUGUCAGAGAAGUAGUUCCAGAUAUGCUGGAAUGCUAGCCCUUGCUAGGAGAAAGUUGGUUGUGCCUAUGUAAUAUAGGACAAAAGUGACUGGUUUCAUUAGGCUCAGUGUCAUUCUAACAAUAAAAUGAUGUACCAUAUGUCACCAGCAUCCCCAUUAUUGCUAAUUCAUGGCAGUAUAUACGUACAUAUCUCAAUGAUGCUUUGACUUUAAAUUUUAUUUAUUAGCUGUAAAUAAUGUGUGGGUGUGUAAGGAAGCUUGUAAACACUGGAAACGCUGUUGUGGCUAUCUGGGGUGUAGAUUUGUGGUGCUAACUCUGUGUCCACCUCCAUCAGUGAUUGUCUCACUGAGCCAACUCACUCUGAUGAACAGCACAAUGGAAUAGCUUUUGAAGGAAGAAAAUAAACUCACCUGUGUGAAGAAAUGGGAUCUGCUUUCAAUAAAAUCGAGAACGUUUUAUCAUGUUA